UCAUUUCGAGCCGUAGCGGGAGUGAUGAAUUAAUUGCCACCAUCAUCCCGCAUCGCUUCCCGUUUCGGUGCUGCUCCUAUAUAGCUUCCCCUGCGUGUUCUGACGUUGCAUCGCUGCACUACUCCAGUACUCGCUCAUCCUUGCUGCGGCUCGCACAGCCCAUGUGAGCUCACUUAUUUCACUUGUCAGGCCAGCAGCCGCUCAGCUUAGCUUGCUGGAUCGGAUCACAGUUACUGAGCCAGCUAGCUAGCAGCGGCGAUGGAGGCGGGGACGUGGGCGGUGGUCGUGGCGGCCGUGGCCUUGUACAUGGCGUGGUUCUGGCGGAUGUCGCGCGGGCUCAGCGGCCCCCGGGUGUGGCCGCUGGUCGGCAGCCUGCCGGGGCUCGUGCAGCACGCCGAGGACAUGCACCAGUGGAUCGCGGGCAACCUGCGCCGCACCGGGGGCACGUACCAGACCUGCAUCUUCGCCGUGCCCGGGGUGGCGCGACGCGGCGGGCUGGUGACGGUGACGUGCGAGCCCCGCAACCUGGAGCACGUCCUCAAGGCACGCUUCGACAACUACCCCAAGGGCCCCUUCUGGCACGGCGUGUUCGGGGACCUGCUCGGCGACGGCAUCUUCAACUCCGACGGGGAGACGUGGGUGGCGCAGCGCAAGACGGCCGCGCUCGAGUUCACUACGCGCACGCUGCGGACCGCCAUGUCGCGCUGGGUGUCGCGGUCCAUCCACCAACGACUGCUGCCCAUCCUGGGCGACGCGGCCGCGAACGGCGCGCACGUCGACCUCCAGGACCUGCUGCUCCGCCUCACCUUCGACAACAUCUGCGGCCUCGCGUUCGGCAAGGACCCCGAGACGCUCGCCAGGGGCCUGCCCGAGAACGCCUUCGCCUCCGCGUUCGACCGCGCCACGGAGGCAACGCUAAACCGGUUCAUCUUCCCGGAGUGCGUGUGGCGGUGUAAGAAGUGGCUGGGCCUCGGCAUGGAGACCACGCUAGCGCGCAGCGUCGAGCACGUCGACCGCUACCUCUCGGCCGUCAUCAAGGCGCGCAAGCUCGAGCUCACCGGCGGCAAGAAGGCCGACGCCUCGGCCACGCCGCACGACGACCUCCUCUCGCGCUUCAUGCGCAAGGGGACAUACUCCGACGAGUCGCUGCAGCACGUGGCGCUCAACUUCAUCCUCGCCGGCCGCGACACCUCUUCGGUGGCGCUCUCCUGGUUCUUCUGGCUGGUCUCCACCCACCCCGCGGUGGAGCGAAAGAUCGUGCGCGAGCUCUGCGCUGUCCUGGCAGCGUCCCGCGGCGCCGACGACCCGGCAUUGUGGCUCGACGCGCCGUUCGACUUCGAGGAGCUCGACCGCCUCGUCUACCUCAAAGCCGCGCUCUCGGAGACACUCCGCCUGUACCCGUCCGUGCCCGAGGACUCCAAGCACGUCGUCGCCGACGACGUCCUCCCGGACGGCACGUUCGUGCCGGCCGGGUCGUCGGUCACGUAUUCUAUAUACUCGGCGGGGCGCAUGAAGACGGUGUGGGGGGAGGACUGCCUCGAGUUCCGGCCCGAGCGGUGGCUGUCGGCCGACGGCACCAGGUUCGAACCGCACGACUCGUACAGGUUCGUGGCGUUCAACGCCGGCCCGCGGAUAUGCCUCGGCAAGGACCUCGCGUACCUGCAGAUGAAGAACAUCGCCGGGAGCGUGCUCCUCCGCCACCGCCUCGCCGUCGCGCCGGGCCACCGCGUGGAGCAGAAGAUGUCGCUCACGCUGUUCAUGAAGCACGGGCUCCGCAUGGAUGUGCGCCCGCGCUACCUCGGCCCGGUCAUCGAAGAGCUCCGCGGCGCCGGGGAGUACGACGCGGCGGCCAGGGCCACCGCGGCCUGCGCGUAGAAGAUCCCCCUACCGGUCAAUGCAUGCGCCGAGGUUCGUGCUGUUUGAAAAGGAACGGUUUGGGAAUGGCAAAACAUACGUAGAUAGAAGAGUCCACUACGUGAGUAAGAUAUGUUUGGUUUUCUCGUAAUAUUUCAUGAGAUAAGAUUAUUUUUAUUUUUUAUAUAAUAAUCUAAUUUUAUGUUUGAUUGGAUGGAUACGAUGGGUCAGUUGUCUGUUUGAUUUGUGUGAUUAAAGUGAAUAUGAUAAGUCAGUUUUUUGUUUGGUUAGAUGGAAUG